AUGGGGCGAGAGAUUCCAACCAGUGGCCCUUUCACAGUCCUCCCGCAAGAUUGCUGGGUGGAUAUCGUCCAGUAUUUCUCAUUUGAGGAUCUCUUGUCCCUAUCAACAGCAUGCAAGGACCUGCGCGCGUCAACAGAGCAUUUCCUCUAUCAGCAGAUUUCCUGGAGAUUCAGGGAAGCUCUUCCCCUGCGACGACUCUUGCGUCUUCUUCGAACCACCCUGGACAGACCAGACCUGGCAUCUUCGAUACAGCUCUUGAGUCUACUCUCUUUCAAAAGCAAAUGGAUCAUGCCCCAGCAAGACAUCGACUGGAGGGAAGAAGCGCCUAGCUUCCAGGAUGUAACAGAGAAGGCAAUUAGUAUUAUCCAGCGAGCAAGGUUUACAGAUGCAGAAGAAUGGGCUGAUGUUCUUAAGAAGGGCAACUUCUUUGCCUUUGCAGCCAUUUUGAUUUCCCAAUUGGCAAAUAUCAAGACCCUUCAUCUGGACUUCUGCUUUGUCUGGUUGGACGGGUUUCCUGGGAGGAUGAUAAAACAUGCUGUUUUCUCACCAAACAAAGAACUGCCAACGUUCAGUUGUCUCCAAGAGGUUGAUUAUGGUGGAAAUGUGCCCAAUCCGGUGAAAUACUGGACGGAAAUCGAUGAUGGCCCACCAAAUAGGUUCUCCGAUCCUUACAACCACUCCCAAUUCAUAGGUUGGUUCAGUCUACCAUCUCUUCAUCAUCUGGAAAUUUGGCUGCGGGAUAUUGAAGAAUUGAAAGAAAAGCCAGAGCUGGACCUCAGCCACUUGCAUACACUGAUUCUAGCUCGGUCAACGAUACCUGAGAAGGAUGUUCCAUUUUUACUCCGCCGCACUGGGGGUCUGACGAAUCUCCAUCUGGGACUGGCACAUGAGUGGGAAGAGCAAAUGUUCUACGAGCAUAGUGAUUGUCUUGCGGAGGGACUGGGAUUGGUCAGUUCUACGAUUGAGAGACUUUCUGUUGGUCUUGAAUACCACCCAUGCUACUGUGGCGAAUCCCAUGGCGACGAUGAGAUGGAGGAAUGGAGGAACCCAUUGCAUGGGAUUUUGACCCGGUUUACUCGUCUACAAGUGGCAGAGGUGCCUAUUACCUUUCUCCUUGGAUUCAACCCCGACUAUGCAGCCAACCUGGAUGGCUCCAUUUUGCCUGAGACCCUGAGAGAACUGGUUUUGCGGAAUGAUCUUGUCAAUUUGGUCGGGUUCGAAUGGUAUGACGGCGAUAUCCUCGACUUCAUUGAAAGGUUCUUGACACAUUCAAGACACUCGACACCCCUGCUCCGCAAGAUUACAUGUCGGCGAUGGAAACGAAAGUAUAGUGAGGAUUGGCCUGAUGAAGAUUUCCAGAUGCAGCUGGCUUGCAAAGACACUGGUAUUGACUUCAACAUUGUUGUUGAUCGUCUUUCGUCUGGUCUAUGGAAUGAACAGAAAUGA